AUACCUGCCAGUGGCGGCUAGCUCAGGGACCCUCCUCAUAACUCUAUGAUAAGAAACAUACUUUAACAUUUUUUAACAUCUUUUACCAACAGUAUAAAAAUAGGACUUAAAUUAUAAUGGAAGUGUUAAAAGACUGUUCUGCCUAUUUAAGUAAUUAUGAAGUAUUGGAAAUUCUUCAAGGCAUGAAAUCUAAGAAGAAACAAAAAAUGACACAGAAUCAACUUGCGACGAUAACUUAUCAGACUAUACGAUAUUUAGAAGAUACGCCGUGUAGCAAACAAUCUCCAGAAAAAAUUAGAGAUUUUCUGAAAGCUGUUGAGGUGUUUAAAUUAACAAAGUGUGAAAAAUUAACACUUUUAAAUCUUUGUCCUAAAACGGCACUCGAAAUUCAAUUGAUUAUAGAAGAUCGAGAAGAUCGUCUGACGGAAGAAGAAGUAGAGUUAUUAUUGCAAACAAUUUCUAAUCAUUUUGGAGAAGAGGAAAAUAUAAAUCAAAUGGAAUAAACUAGGACGUAA